UUGUGUCAUCAUUUCCGUCUUCUUCCUUCGCCUCAUGCUUUUCUGACCAGCUGUGGGUAGCAGAAGACAAAAUGAAUCAGGAGAAACUGGCAAAACUUCAAGCCCAAGUCCGAAUAGGGGGCAAGGGCACAGCUCGUAGGAAGAAGAAGGUUGUUCACAGAACAGCAACAGCUGAUGACAAAAAACUUCAGAGUUCAUUAAAGAAACUUGCUGUGAAUAACAUUGCUGGCAUUGAGGAGGUGAACAUGAUAAAGGAUGACGGGACCGUGAUCCACUUUAACAACCCCAAAGUGCAGGCAUCUCUAUCUGCCAACACGUUUGCUAUCACAGGCCACGCGGAGACCAAGCAGCUGACAGAGAUGCUACCAGGCAUUCUCAGCCAGCUUGGUGCAGACAGUCUCACAAGUCUGCGCAAGCUUGCUGAGCAGUUCCCCAGACAAGUUCUUGACAACAAAGCUCCAAAAGCAGAAGAUAUUGAUGAGGAGGAUGAUGAUGUCCCAGAUCUUGUAGAGAACUUUGAUGAAGCGUCAAAGAACGAGGCAAACUGAUCCCAGAAGAGAUCACAGUUUGGACUGCACUUCAGCAGAUACCCUGCUGCAGUAUUUUUAAAUUAGAUAAGACAUAUCAUUUCAACACUAUACAGCAAAUCGGAGACUUUUGUAUUUUAAAUUGGCAGUCUGCCCAGAUAAACAUCAGCCUGUCUCUUGCACUUAAACAAAGAUGCUAUGACUUAUGGUUUUGAAUGAAUACCACAUUGCCAAUCUUGAUCAUGAUUGGUAUGGUUCUGGAAAAUUAGUCUUAAUUAUUUUUGUCAACAAAUCAAUAAAUGAUGUACACCUUUU